CAACACAAAAUCAAAACGUUCUCACUAACAGGCUACGCUGACGUACGCGGAUAUUCAAAAAAAUGGAGAGAAGCACACCAGUUAGAAAGCCACACACUUCCACUGCCGAUCUGCUUACGUGGACGGAGGCUCCUCCGUCAGCUUCACCGGCCACUGCUUCCAGCCACCGCCCCCACCAGCCGUCCGACAGAAUUAGCAAGGUGCUAUUUGGAGGUCAGGUUACCGAUGCAGAAGCCGAGAGUCUCAUGAAGAAGAAGCCCUGUUCCGGUUAUAAGUUAAAGGAGAUGACUGGCAGUGGUAUAUUUGCAGCUAAUGGUGGAGAUAAUGCGUCUGAAUCUGGCGCUGAUAAUCCCAUUAACAAAACUAGUGUGCGUGUCUAUCAGCAAGCAAUGAAUGGAAUUAGCCAGAUAUCAUUUAAUACUGAGGAGAGUAUCUCUCCCAAGAAGCCUACUUCUCUUCCUGAGGUAGCAAAGCAGCGUGAGUUAAGUGGAACUCUGCAAAGUGAGUCAGACAUGAACAGUAAAAAGCAGAUAUCAGAUGCAAAAUUCAAGGAAAUAAGUGGACAUGACAUCUUUGCCCCUUCACCUGAAAUUGCACCCCGGUCCUUGGCUGCUGCACGUUCCUUGGAAACAAAGGAAAACAAAGACAUUGAGAAACCUGCCCCACGAAACAUACGCACUUCUGUUAAAGUUUCCAAUCCUGCUGGAGGUCAGAGUAACAUCCUGUUUGGUGAAGAACCGGUUGUUAGGACAUCAAAGAAAAUACACAAUCAGAAGUUUCAGGAGUUGACUGGCAAUGAUAUUUUCAAAGGAGAUGUUCCUCCUGGAUCUGCUGAAAAACCACUAAGCAGCGCUAAACUGAAAGAAAUAAGCGGCAGUAACAUCUUUGCAGAUGGAAAGUCGGAAUCCAGGGACUAUUUUGGUGGUGUUCGCAAGCCCCCUGGUGGCGAGAGCAGCAUCGCAUUGGUGUAAACGGGGCCAAUCUAACUCACAAAUAUUGCUUGAUUCGACAGAUCCUGGACCUUGUGUUAUUCCUGUUUGAGUCCUGUUUGAGUGCUUGUGUUUUGACUGAUGUACUACGGUUUUGACAUUAGAGUGGUCUAUGAUGGCUGUGGAUUAUGUGUAAACUCUUUGAUAUUUAGAUUAAAAUGCUAGAUGGAUGGCUAAUUCAGUUAUUUCUGUCUCUCAAUCAUUAGCUCUUCUGGAGCCGUUGUUUUUUUUUUUUGGUAUGUAUUACGCAGUCCUGUGUUUUACUUCUUGAGACGCAAGGCCAUGAUUGUAUGGUGAAACUGGAAAUUUAACUCUAGAAUUAAGUUUGAUA